CUAACACGCGAUGCGCAAAUCGUCCCGUCCCCUCCCCUCAACAUAACGGAAGCGGCUUUCUUUCCUAAAUACGAGGAGUCGGUCGUCGAACGACCGUGACACGCAAAACGUGCCAUUUGGGGCUCAAGCCUCUCACAGACGCCAAUGCCAGUUUUUCUUCGGGGCGGUGGAAUGACUGUGAGCUGGGUAUUAUGCAGCCUGUGCGGGACUCGCUUCUAAGCAUGAAGUGUGAAGGCAGGUCGGACUCUGAGCCUCUAUCAAAGAAGGCGACGCUUCUCUUCUUGCCCGCCCAUCCUGGCCAGUGCAUGAGGAAGAACUUCAGCUCCCGUUGCGCAUGCCCAGUCACCCGACCUGGCAGGGCUGGGGAGGAUGCUGAGGCGGUCGCAGUCGCGGCCCAGACGGGAGCAAGGGGGGCCGAGGGUUCAGCGCUAGGCCGGCCUGGGCGCUGCCGAGCUUCCCGCCGCUGUGGAGGCGAGGAGGCCAAAGACAGCAGCCGUAGCAGCUGCUACAGCGCCGCCGCCAUGCCCGGACCCCCAACCGCAGUAGCAGCGCCCUCCGGGCCGGACCCCGAGGAGCGCUACGACUUCCUCUUCAAACUGGUGCUGAUCGGCGACGCCAGCGUGGGCAAGACGUGUCUAGUGCAGCGUUUCAAGACCGGGGCCUUCGCCGAGCGCCAGGGCAACACUAUCGGCGUUGACUUCACCAUGAAGAGCUUGGAAAUCCAGGGCAAGCGGGUCAAGUUGCAGAUCUGGGACACAGCAGGCCAGGAGAGGUUUCGGACCAUUACCCAGAGUUACUACCGUAGCGCCAAUGGGGCUAUUCUAGCAUAUGACAUCAGCCAGAGAGGCUCUUUCCAGUCUAUUCCUCGCUGGAUCGAGGAUGUGAGGAAGUAUGCAGGCUCCAACAUAGUACAACUGUUGAUUGGAAACAAGUCUGACCUAAGUGACCUUCGGGAGGUUCAGCUAGAGGAAGCUCAGAGUCUGGCUGAACAUUAUGAUAUCACCUGUGCCAUAGAGACUUCUGCGAAGGACUCAAGCAAUGUGGAGGAGGCUUUUGUAAAGAUGGCAACAGAGCUGAUGAUGAGGCAUGGAGGUCCCAUGUUCAGUGAGCAAAACACAGACAGCAUCAAACUUGACAGCAAGGAUGUAGAAGGAUGGGGGUGUGGCUGCUGAUACAGCUUAUGAAAUAUCACUUAACUGUUACUGGAAUAAAGGUGUUCCCCCCCUUCUCUUACAUAUACAGACAUGCACAUACCCUCCAUGCUGCAUAUCCUUUUCCUGUAAGCCCAAUAUUUUUGUAGGUUAGAGAUUAACAUUCCCAGGAUAAUUUUAAAUAUGAAGAUACUUAAGUAGAUCUGCAAGUUAGCCUUCCAGGGCAGUAACUAUGUAACAGUGUCUGCCAGAUUCUUUUCAGAGAACUUGUGCAAUUCAAAAGUUGAGUUGCAUAGAAGGAAGCUCCUGGGACCUCUUUGUAUGAAAUUGUCUGAACAAGAAAUGAUUGUGUUACCAGUUAUAAGUCCCUCUACAUGGGAUCUUGUCAGUGAAGAUAACACUUUUGCUUUUUGGACAGUGAGUCCAAACACUGCCUUUUUUAAAACUCUCAACAUUCCACCAAGAAUCAGAAACUGCACAGGAUCACACAGUUUCUCUGCAUGGAUGCUUCAAGUAUGAAAUACUUGAAUUUUUUCCAUAUAGAACAAAUCUGAAAUUUGUUCAAAAUGAGGAACCUCCACAGAACUUUUUCUAGACAUUAAGUGUAGCAUAUGAAGAGGGUUGGUUAAUACUGCUGGGUGCAAAGCUGGCUGGACAAAUUUCCAUUUCAUGUUUUUCAGACAAAUAGAGAAAACAGCAUGAGCACAAUUUAACACCUAUGUAGCACAUGGGUCGCUAAUUCUUUUCUUUAAUUCCACCCUUGGUAACUUGAUCCUAAAAAAUUUCAUUGGAUGGAAGUCCUACUGAUUUGAAUGGAACAUUCUUGGAAGUAAAUGCCUUUGAAAAUUCAUCAGGCUCACUUCCAAGUAAAUAGGCUUAGGAUUGUAGUGUCAGUGUUAAGGUUUGUUAAUAAUUUAUUUUGCACAUUUUAAUAAUCUCCUUGAUGUUAAUAUUGUGGGCUUCUAAUACUCAGUGUUAUUAAUUUCAUUUAAAAUUCAUAUUCAGCAUUGUUGGAAAGAAGGAGAUGUUUUCAAUUUUUUUUUUACCGUAAGCUUCUUUAAUUGCUGUAAUGCAUCUAACCAGUUUCAUUGAAAGUGAGUUCCAGUCACGGUGAUCAUUAAUGUUGUUGCUGGGGUAUUUUUUUAUUUUUAUUUUUUGCAUAGGAUGUUAUCCUGGCUAGAGCUUCUUCCUAUUUAACUUUGGAUAUUAAAUUAGGUGAAAUUGAAAAUCAACAGUUACCUGUUGGGUCUUUAGGUAUUUUAUAUUUUCACAAAAUCAGCUCCUUGUGAAGUUUCUCUGGGCCAAUUUUGUUAAGCAAUUGCUUUUUGAUAAAUGUUCGUAAACUGCACAGUCAAGUACAGGUGAUCACUGCUAAUUUUCCUUGAAUGACUACCCAUAUUAUGGAGCCCCUAGAAAUCAUGUAGCAAUUGCUGUCAUAUCAGAAAUUAGCUCAGGAGUUCCCAGUGUCAUGCACAAUUUUGUGACUUGUAAGAUAAUCCUUUCAUAGAAUUGAAUACACUAUCCUGCAGAUCUCUCCCACCCACUCCAUUAGUUUAUGCCACAGCACAUUCUUUUAAAUUGUAGCUUCUCAUUUCUGCAAGAAAAAUAUUCACAACUUUUUAAAAGGUCUGCAACUUAUUAAUCUAACUAUGUGACUAUUUCUGCUCAGCAUAUUUAACUUAAGUUUGUGUGAGGUUAAAUUUAUGCCUACAGCUUAGCUGUAUAGAUGUUAGCCACAUUUUUCUUUUUCUUUUUUUUAGCACCUUAAAACUAAGAAACUAGGAAGAAUGAAUAAGGGAUUGAAUCUAAAGAAAAAUGCACCAAAGGGGGCUAGCGGAAGCUGACUUUCCCACCUGACUUUCAGCGAUAUCCCCUUUCCUCUCAGCUACCUCCCCACCCCAUGACACAUCCCAUUCCAUUCAACAGGGUCCCCCAACCUUCAUGAGAGACUUUUGGAUGUGAUUGGGGGGCUGUCGGGAAGGAUGGAGCAGAAAGUUUUGGUAUACUUUUCUCUGGAUUCAACCCAAAGUGUCUGCAGGUUUUUAGCCAGUUUUUCAGUGUUUAAUUUAUGGUACCUGUUAAAAGGGCCUCAUUUCAAAACAAAGGGCUAAGUCUCUGAAAAACAUGUCUCUGCAACUAGGUAGUCUGAAAGUCCUGAUCACCUUAGAAAAAUGCAUUUUAGAAACUCAGAUUAUUAUUGGGAAAACAUCUGUUUAUUCUUAUUUCAGUUGACAUGAAAGAGAAGAUCAGGACAAGGCUGAUGUCAGAUCUGUUUUGAAAAUUGGUAUGAUUAAUCAGAGAAUCCAUCUUUCUAUAUAAAAAAGGAACCUUUUAUCUGCUUCAGUUUUUGUCAUAUAAAGCAUCUGACUGUAUAAUUUGUUUACUUUGAUAAUUUAUGUCCCACUUUUUCCUAUCGAAGAUGGACCCAGCAUAGGUCCUAUUGUGUUUUUGCUUCUUCUAGGAGAAUAGUGGCUUUACUUUCAAGUCUGUUAGAUAUGAAAACUAGCAAGGCCUAAGGAUAGUUUUCACAACUACAUUUUACAAAGAACUGUAGUGUGGGGUGUGAUGGAGAAGUUUUCUAAAUAGUACUUUGUACCAGAAGAUGUCAGGUCUACUGCAUCCAGACUUUGAAAAGCACUGAUUGCCCCACAGUAACUAAUCACUGUAUUUAGGUGUUAAAGAAAACUCGAGUUGUUACCUUAAAGAAAUGUUGGUAUCAAAAAUCUUUCUACACUGUGAGUACAAUUUCCCAAAGUUCUGGUAUUGCAUAAUUCAAAUUACUAGAAGCUGAAUAGCAACAGUGCCUGGGUAAAUGGAUCCAUCCACUUUAGGCCAAGCCCCAAGUUGAUGUAUCUGUGUAGAAACUUUUCUAUCAAAGCCAGGUCUCUCUCAGCUGUAAGGGUCUUCUCCAGCUAACUCGUUGAAGAACUGAUGCCAUUACAUAUUUAGAAUCACUUUGGGCUGAUUCUGACAUGAUGGUGUUCCCACAGUGAUUUUAUUUAUUUAUUUAUUUAGAAAAUGAUCCUGUAGAUCCACACUGGGGACUUUGCAAAUAGAUGGUGAGAUCUAUAAGAUUUCCGGGUUUUAUGUGACCAGGAUCCUGUUGGACUACGCUCACAAGACUGUAGUCACACGUGCAGUUCAGGACAUUCUAGGGCCACCAGAUGUUUCAGAAUUAACCUGUUUACUCAGAUCUAUGCACAUUUUAUAGCAAGUAUAUUGGUACUACACAGAUCUCAGCUGUUAAUUUUCUCCAGCAUUUUACAUUCCAAUGUAGCCUGAGGGUGAAUGAUUAUUAUUGGGAUUAUUAUUGUUAUUAUUAGCUGCCUCUUGUAGCCCUUGCUGAAUAGGACUGAUUUUGCUACAAGUUUAGUACUUUCACCAGGCCGUUUAUGUAGAUACAAUUGUACUGUAGCUUACCAAACAUUAUAAAGAGAUUGGCUUUUGUUACAAGCAUUCCAUUGCUAACACAGGUAAAUUUGACAUCAAACUUUAGAGAAUGAUAAAAACCUAUCUCAUAUCUACGGAGUCUUCUGACACCCUUUGGAGUGGGUGCCUAAUAAAAGGGCAUGAACUGUUAACAGAAUAGUGCAAGCAAAUAGCAACUGCCAAAGUCACCUGUGUCAUUCUCUCUCUAUGCUUGCAAGUAUGUAAUUAUGAGGUUGCUGUUAAAUGUUCCCAGCAGAAGGUAUGGCUAAGCAACCACUCAGUGGUAAAGCUGAUUCCUCUCUUGCUAGAGUGCUUAAACCUCAUGUCCUGCCAGGUGGUGGUGGAGGAAGGGGGCAGAAUAUGCGGCAGAGUAGCGUUCUGGGUUUGUACUUCUUUACUCAGCGCAUAGUUAAACUAUGGAAUUUGCUCCCACAAGAUGCAGUAAUGGCCACCAGCUUGGAUGGCUUUAAAAGAAGAUUAGACAAAUUCAUGGAGGACAGGGCUAUCAAUGGCUACUAGCCAUGAUGGCUGUGCUCUGCCACCCUAGUCAGAGGCAGCAUGCUUCUGAAAACCAGUUGCCGGAAGCCUCAGGAGGGGAGAGUGUUCUUGCACUCGGGUCCUGCUUGCGGGCUUCCCCCAGGCACCUGGUUGGCCACUGUGAGAACAGGAUGCUGGACUAGAUGGGCCACUGGCCUGAUCCAGCAGGCUCUUCUUAUGUUCUUAUGUUCUUAUCCCUUGGCCCCAGGGGCUUGGGCUGAACCUGAUCUUUUAAAAGGGGAACUUGGCAAGAACACACUGACAGGGUUCUCUUAUAAUUGGAAAGAAAUUAAGCACUUCGUUUUUCCUCAGUCUUUUUAGCACAACUGCAAGUUGUUUCCCAUAAGUGUAUUGUAUAAGAAAUAUUUUCAUCAGACAGAAAAUACAUAUCUCAAAUGAAGCUUCCCAGUAUAGUCACUCGUCUUAGAGGCUGGGAAGCUGGGAAACCUUUGCUAUAAAUAAAUUCAUAUUUCUGACCAGGAUUUAUUUUCUUUCCCUCCGGCUGAGGGCUAAGUCACACAAUCCUUAAGUGUUGAAGUGAUGAUGGUUUACUUUUGCAGUGGUGGUAGUCAUCUGACUGCUUUGCCCCUUGGCUAGAUCAUGUGAGCUGGCCCUCAGCCAUAGUACAGAUGAUCUGUGGCGUUUGUCUAGUUUAGUCUAACAUUGCAAGUUUUUCUUUCACAGUAUUGUAAAACUUCAUUAAAUUAACAAAGUUGUCUUGAAUCUAUCAGCAUUGCAGUAUUAAGAUAACACAUAUUUGCAUGCCAAAGACACACAAUAAUGGAAGAGAUGGAUGGACUUGCCUGAAUCAGUUUAGCAGAAAAUGUGGAUGCACAGGCAGAUUUCAGAUAUAUCAACAGAGGCUUAUAAAACACACACCAGAUUCUGAUGAUGAUACUAGAUUAUCAUUUGUACUAAAACAGUUCCCAGUCUUAUGAUGGGUACUUCAGAUGAGCCACAUUUCUUACGUAGAAAACAUUCUGUUGCAUAUUUUCUACACAAUAAAUAUUGUUCGUGUAGGAGAACCUACAUAUGCACCAUGCAUAAUUGGUGGCACCAGACAUGUAUCUCACCAUUUAUAAUGGGAUUCUUGUAGCAGAGGUUUUUUUAAAAAUACAUACUAUUUAUAAUGAGUUCUAUGUGUGUCCAAAUUAACUUUGGAAAUCUUGUAGUAGAAGUGAGCACACUAAAUGUGUGAUUAAGUAGCAUGUGACCAGAGUUUAUGGCCUAAAUAUUUGAAAAUUGUUUCCUAGUAAUUGAACGCUAUCUAGACCCUUUAAAGGGUUGCUUCAAGUUUUGGAAAGUAUUCUAUUUGUGACAGGUAGUUAUCAGCCUUAAGGUUCUGUUAUUUGUAGUCACUGGUUUUCAUUUGUUUCAUUACUGGCUUGCAAGAUGAAGUCUAUCUUUUGCUGUACAAAAAGGAAGAUGCAGCUAAUAAUUACUAUUGAUUUUCCCACUUUUAUAUGGACAGUAAUUGUCCACAUAAAUGUUUCCCAAAUAGCAUGGUUUUGUUUAGAUAGCUGCCUUAAGAACCUGUUGGUAAGGCUCAUCUUAAUGCAUAGUCUAUGCAAAUAUUUGUUAAUCGAAGAUAUGUAUUUAGUACAGUGCCUUUCUUUUGUGUUUUUACAAAACAUCUGAAAUGUUUGAAGUACAUAGCUAUGUGCACCUCGUUAUGUUUGACAUUGGCCUAAUACUAGGUUGGAUUGCUAUUCUUUAGACUGAAGCCACUUCUAACUCAAACAUCUCCAAGUGAUUCACCUGUAAAAACAUAAACAUAAAUACAUCAUAGCAUUAACAGAAUGUAUGUGAAAGCAAAACCCACCAUAGUAGGAAACGUAACACACUUAACAAUCAACCAUCCAGCCUGAGCGAUUUUGUAUAUAUUACCUAAAAGUGCAAGGAGAGAUGUCACUUUUUGCACUUCUUCUGUAAUAUCGAAGGAGGACUUCACACGUUUUCCAUGGAAAGGUGGUGGAUGAACUAGGAGAGCUAUCCCUACUUUCUCUUCCACUUCCUUUUUAUCAAGAGCAAUGUCGUUUUAGAGAAAGAAAUAAAGUCUUUGCUUCAGAACAAAAUGGUGAAUCCUGCUAGAUCCAGCAACAGCAGAAGAAAAUGCCUCCUGCCCCCCAUGUCUUUUCUUUCCCUGCUCCACCCUGAUUUUUUUCCUGACCCUUUUAUAGUGAUAGUUCUGCUUUUUUGCUUUUAUUCCUAACUUUCAAAAUAAGCAGGGAGAUGGCAGCAUCACAAUUAAAACGUGAUGACUGCAGUGUUUGAAUUGCUCAAACGGGCACAAACAUCUGGAGAAUUGUCUGGAAAAUCUGGAAUGUGAGGAAAAAGAAAAACAUGGCAAGUACAGUAUCAUGGUUGUGGUUUAGUGGAUGAAACCCAUUCCCUAAAUCCCAAACUUAUGUGGCAACAAAUGCCAUUGGAAGGCAACCUGAAUAUAUUUAGAAUCAGGGUGUAAACUCUUUCUCUAGUUGCACUGCAAUCCCUUCUAACUUGUACAGCUAGGAAAGAAAUGUACAGGGUAUAGUGAGACAAUCUCGCAUGAUGUGCUAUUAUGGUUGUAUAAGAUUCCUACAUAAAUUCUUAGCUGCUUUGGCUGUAUUUUGAGAAAAUAAAAGGUGCAUGAGUGAUUCAAGUGCAUACUCUUAAUAUAUUGAUAUUGGUCACAGUCUUCAUAUUGUGAUGCUCAUAAUUUUGCAACAUAUGGAGGCUUUGGUUAUUUGCAUUGUGUUAAGCAAAACUCUAGGGGAAAUUGUUAUUUUAUCCCUCUAAGAAAAAAAAUUGAGAGAUUCUCAAGCUUUUGAGGACUGGCUAUUUCCCUAACUUACCAAAAUUUUAAUUUCCUUGAGCUCAAUUAAUAAGCACUGUGCUGUCAUACGAGGACAGCUCCUCCUCCAAAACUUCACAAGAAAGAUCUGCAUGCAGGACCAGGAUUCCAUAUACAGUUUCUUUUGCUGAACUGGGACCCACACAGGCAGAUCAAUUCUAAAUAUGCAUCUGCAUUGUGAUGUACAUUCUCCAGUCCCCAUCCAUAUUGCAAUGCAGAUUAAAUGUACAUCUGCAUCUGCUGUCUCAAGUACAAGCAUAUGUCUAUCUCUAUAUUAGAGAUACAAGGUAACAGUAUUAAUUUUUUAUGCAAACGGAGUUAUGUCUCUGAAAAUAAAUAAGAACUUUAAAACUUGAGCAUGCAAAAUGGUAUACUUAAAAUUAGGAAAGCUUCACUUUAAAAUAUAGGACAAAAAUCUAGAUGUCUUAUACAUACCCAAAAAAGAUGCCCUUACGAGUAGAGGCUGUGUUUUUAAAAAGGAAAGGCAGGAGUGAAACAGGCAUGGGCUUCUUGUUUGCUUGCUUGUGUCUGUCUUGCCAAAAAAAAAAAAAGGUAUAGGAAGUAUAAUAGAAAAAUAUAGUAGCCCUCAUUUGGAGCAUUGCCUAAGGCUACAAUCCUACACACAUGUACUUGGGAGUAAAUUCCAUUGAAAUCAAUGGAACCUACUAAAAUAAACUUGAUUAGGAUUGUAUUUAUAGCCUUGUUCAAGUAAGUAGGAUAAAUUGACAACUAACGUUUUAAGUCCUGAAAUCACUGGGAUUUAGGUAUAACUGCCUCUAUAUUGGAAUUGCAUAUCUUUUUGAGGACCACUACUUUGAAUCAGUAUUGGUUCAAUUUACAUACACUGACUAAAAUAACUUCUAAUUUUGUGUCUCUGUGUGUGUGUGUGGGGGGGGGGGAAAUGUAACCUUUUCCUUUCUUGUCAUCUCUCUCAAAAUCAUGCCCCUUUCCCCAGCUGCUUUCUCAUCCAGGGAGGGGGGCAGGGAAGGGAGAUCCGGAGAUGUGUGGAUGUCUGUUUGUCUACUAAGUGCAGUGACAUUCCCCAUGAGUUAGGUGUUUGCAUUAUUACCCUAUUGCUUUUACUGACUACAUCUGGCCCUCCAUAAGAAGAAUCUGUAGAAAGAUAGCACAAGGCUAUAGAAUCAGAUAUUCUGGGUUGGGAUGGGGAGGUGUAAGUCUAUGAUCGUGGUGUUGGCACAGGCUGGAAUCUGAUAGAGAUAAUGCCUGCACUACUUGAAAGGGGGAAGUGAUUUGGGGGGAAAUCUUUGGUGAUAAAUGUUAACACAGUCUCUGGAGGUUCCUCGUGCUCAGUGGGUUCAGUAGCAUUUCCUGUUCUGUAAUAGCACCUCGGAUGUUGGCAUCAGGUGUUUUGUUUGUUUGUUUGUUUGUUUUAAAUCUCGUGUUCCUGGGACAUGCAGCUUCCACUAGCCAUAAAAAAGGCCCAGCUAACAUGCAUAGUGGGGAGAAAGUUCUGAUUCAUAUUGAAUUCAUUCACUUCGUUCCAAAAAGAACUGAAAGGUUUGAAGAACUCUGGUGUAAACUGAAGUGUUCUGCAUUUUUUAAGAACAAUUUUAUUGCUUGAAAUAAUCAGGGUUUCUGGGAACAGUUAUAGAACCCAUCUUUCUGAUCACCGGCAACUGUCUUGCUUGUCCUAGUACAGUGUUUACCGGAGGAAAUGGAAUGCAAGAUAACAAGGGAGCAACACUUGCAUACAAUAGUCAAUUUUGACAUUUUACUGUCACCUAUUUAUGAAUUUAUAAGAAAAAUAUUAUUUUUAAAAACUAUGAAUCCUACUUUUUUUGUAAAUUUUAGCAAAGUGUAGCAAAUGCAUUGUAUUGUGUAUAAUUAAAAUGAGCAUUUGGCUAAUUGUGUAUGUUUUAUUAACUAUACUACAUAUCACCACAUUGUCACUGUUCACCAGGUUUUAAAUUGUUUUUAAUAUGUAUUUUUUACUGUUGUGACCCACCCUGGGACUUACUGGUGAAGGGCAGGUCAAUAUUGAAUUGAAUUAAU